CGAAAAGGGUUUUAAAAUUCCAAUGAGGGGAUACCUAAUAAGAAAAAAAAUGAAAGUAAACCGAAAAGGAGUAUUGAGGAACAACAACUUUGACAAAGCAAUGAAACAAAUUGCAAGAACUCUUCAACAGACAGGCUGCCUUGAGGUGAACCAGGAUGCUCUCUGUCUACUUACACAGUGGAUUGAUUAUGUAAAGGAGCUUAAAGGUGAAAAUGAAAGAAUGGAAGCAUUGGAAACACGACGUUCCCAGAUAGAUAAAAUCUAUCAAAAAAUGACCCAACGGAUUGAGAUGUUAGAAAAGCAAUGGAAUUUUUAUUGGCAAGACGAUCAAUCCAUGGAAGAAAGUCCUUAGGGUGUUUUGCAAUUCCAUUCAUUUUUUUUAAAGCAUGGAUUGUUAUUUGAUCUAAUUAAGAUGACUUCAUGCACUGAGAUUAUAUUUGUUAGAAAUGCCCAACCAAAAUAUAAAUCACCCUAAAAAGAUGAAAUUACACGUUUAUUAAAUUAAUUUUGUCAUUUCUAUUCUUAGAGAAACACACAUGUUGAACAUUACGCAUAUAUUUCUCGAUUAUCUUGUUGAAUUUAAAAUCUCAAAGCAUAAAUUUGAUUUGAUGGCAAAUAUCCAAACUGAAAAAUUUAAAUGAUUUGAAUUUGUACAAGGUGUCCAUCAUAUAAAAAGGAAGAAUAUUCAUGAUCUGCACCCUAACCCAUCACAUUCGCUAAUAGUAUUACACAUGGAUAAAUAAAGGGAAGAAAACAAAAUAAUUUUUUGCCGUUGAAGCUUUUGCUUCGAACCAAAUUGUCAAACAAACAAAGAAAGGAAGAACAAAAAAAACCCAUUAAAAUCUAUCCAAAAUAUUUUCA